AUGGAGGAUGAUGAGGCUGGCGACGAUGAGGCUGCCGACAAGUGCCGGGCUGAUGAAUACUUCAAGACGAUAAAUCUGCCCUCCGAUGGCGCGGCCAAUAAGUUGUCAAAGAAGAACAAUCUCAUACAGGGCAAAUGCAAGAAGAACAGCGAGAUGGACCUCUUUAAUCAGAAGCUGGAAUGCGUUAUUUAA